CAGAAAUUUUCUUUGCUGAAAUGCUUUUACCCGCCAAAUGAAUAGCGGUUUGAAAACGAGCACUGCAUCAGUGCCUCGCAUUGGCAGUCUCUGAACUCCAAAAAGCAGCAAAACAUGUCUUCAUUGGACGAGGAAGAAGGAGAUGAGGAGGAAAUUCUCUCACCGUCCGAUCCAAGCGAUUCCAGUGACGAGUACACCAUCAAUCCAGAAGACUAUCCUGACGAUGAGCACGAAGACGGUGGACCCGGGCCUGUGGCUGAAUGUCCGUCUGACGAAGAUCGCAAAUCAAAGAAUGUGGACGCUCUCGUGAGAGGCAAUCUUGUUGUAAGGAGACAAUCAUUACUGCCCCGAGUUCUUUCAGUAACAGGAGGAGCGGCCAUUUGUAGGAAACCCUUUAAACCCCCAUGUGCCAAUGGAUAUAAAGAUGGAAAUGAAAAGCUCACGCGUCGACUUUCGGCCAGGAAACGAUUUGUUCCAUGGGGUUCUUCGAGACCAGUUUUGGUGGCAAUAACUAAUAGACUAAAUGCAUCAAAUAUCAUUGGGAAAGAUGUAGUGGAGGAAAGUGUGAGUUUGCCACCUGGAAUAGAUCCUUUAGUAUUGUGGCAGCCUGAAGAUGGAGCUGGUAAUUUAGCACCAAUAGUGGUAGAUCCGUUGCUUGUUCAGUUCCUUCGACCCCAUCAAAGGGAAGGGGUUCAGUUCAUGUUCGAUUGCGUUUCAGGAGUAUAUCGUGAUACCGAUAUUAAUGGAUGUAUUUUGGCCGAUGACAUGGGUUUGGGAAAGACAUUGCAAUCAAUCACGUUGCUAUACACUCUUCUUGGUCAAGGGUUUGAUGGAAAGCCUAUGGUUAAAAAAGCCAUCAUUGUUACUCCAACGAGUCUUGUGAGUAAUUGGGAGGCUGAAAUCGAAAAAUGGGUAGGAGAAAGAGUUAAGCUCAUAGCACUAUGUGAAAGCACUAGAGAUGAUGUUGUCUCUGGAAUUGACAACUUCACAAGUCCUCAAAGCAUUUUGCAGGUUUUGAUUGUUUCAUACGAGACUUUCCGGUUGCAUUCAUCAAAAUUUAACCAUAGUGAAUCUUGCGACCUCCUUAUCUGUGAUGAGGCUCACAGGCUCAAAAAUGACCAGACAAUAACAAAUCGGGCUUUGGCUGCUCUCUCCUGCAAGCGCCGCAUUUUGUUGUCAGGAACUCCAAUGCAGAACGACCUAGAAGAGUUCUUUGCAAUGGUAAACUUUACUAAUCCAGGAAUUUUGGGUGAUGCUGCAUAUUUUCGUCGCUAUUAUGAGACGCCAAUUAUUUGCGGAAGAGAACCAACUGCCACAGAAGAAGAGAAAAAGUUAGGUGUAGAGCGCUCUGGAGAAUUAAGUGCAAAAGUGAAUCAGUUCAUCUUGAGAAGGACCAAUGCAUUACUAUCAAAUCACCUGCCACCAAAGAUUGUUGAAGUGAUCUGUUGCAAAUUGACUCCUCUCCAAACAGAUCUAUAUAACCAUUUCAUACAUUCCAAAAAUGUUAAACGAGCAAUCAGUGAAGAAGCAAAGCAGUCAAAAAUUUUGGCUUAUAUUACUGCUCUUAAGAAGCUCUGCAACCAUCCAAAGCUCAUAUAUGAUACCAUUAAAAAUGGAAGUCCAGGAACUUCAGGGUUUGAGGACUGCAUACGCUUUUUCCCUCAAGAGAUGUUCUCUGGGAGAUCUGGUACAUGGAGUGGUGGUGACGGAGCGUGGGUUGAACUUUCUGGUAAAAUGCAUGUUUUGGCUCGAUUACUGGCCCAUUUACGCCAACGGACUGAUGAUCGAAUAGUUCUUGUUUCAAAUUAUACUCAGACCUUGGACCUUUUUGCUCAAUUAUGCCGAGAAAGAAGAUAUCCGCACUUAAGGCUUGAUGGAACCACAUCAAUUGGUAAAAGACAGAAGCUAGUUAAUCGCUUCAAUGAUCCAUCAAAGGACGAGUUUGUAUUUCUGUUAAGCAGUAAAGCUGGUGGUUGCGGCCUUAAUCUAAUUGGUGGUAAUCGACUUGUCUUAUUUGAUCCUGACUGGAAUCCAGCCAAUGACAAACAGGCUGCUGCUAGAGUUUGGAGGGAUGGACAGAAGAAGAGAGUAUACAUCUACCGGUUUCUGAGUACUGGAACAAUUGAAGAAAAGGUUUACCAGCGUCAAAUGUCAAAAGAAGGACUUCAAAAAGUUAUUCAACACCAGCAAAAUGAUAGCCUUGUGGCACAGGGAAACUUUCUUUCAACAGAAGAUUUACGAGAUCUGUUUACAUUUCAUGGCAAUGCUAGGUCUGAAAUACAUGAAAAGAUGAAUUGUCCUCGCUGCCUAUUUCGUGAUGAUGGUGUUGGGAAUUUAACGGAGGCAGAAGAAUCAAUAGGUGGGAGUCAGUCUGACCACGAGGUGUUUGAUAUUGGUGGAUUUGCAGGAAUUUCUGGAAUUUUGCACGAGUUAAAGAAUUCAGAGAAGCAGGUGGGGACUCCACUGGAAGAGGAUUUGGGUAGCUGGGGACACCAUUUUCACUCCUCAACAGUGCCAGAUGCUAUACUUCAAGCUUCAGCUGGUGAUGAGGUCACGUUUGUUUUUACAAACCAGGUAGAUGGGAAGCUUGUACCUAUUGAAUCAACAGCCAGUCCAAAGAUGCAGGAGAUACAAGGAAACAAGAACCAACUCAAUAAGGAAAAUCUUGACAAAAAUUCCAAGUUAAUGUUCCAACACAAGCAACCACCACAAUCUGUUUCCCUCAGCGGAGAUUCUGUGAGAGUUUCAUUAUCUGCCCCUUUUAAGAUUUCACAAAGGGCAGCUGUAAAACGAGCAAGAACUUCUUUGGAUGGAGCAGCAAAUGCAGCACUCAAAUCCAAACUAUCUUUUGCAAGUCAAUUGCCAUUGAAAAGCUUAUCCCCUCAUACUAAUACUAUACAACAUGAUGAUGAUUUUCAGUAAUUUUUUAUUUUUACUGAAAUAAAAUUUUCAAUUCUUUUUCUUCAUCAAAUCAAAAUUGCUUAUCAUGAUUAAUACAAUUCCACCAAAAGGUUCCCUUUAGUUCAAAA